AUGGCUGCUCCUCCGCGUAGGGUCCAGCCGCCAACCCAGCAAUACUACGCUGUUCCUCAGAGUCCUCAGGCGACAAGUCGUUUUCAAUCGCAAUCGCAACCUCAAACAAUGCCCGUCCCACAAGCAUCUGGUAGCCAAGCUGGAAGGAACGAUACUGCCUAUGGAGUCGCGACAGGCGCUAUCGGCAGUGGUUACGGGCCAUAUUCUUAUAAUCCGACGCUCAGCAACGGACGCUAUGCCUCGUCACGAUUUAGCGCUGCGAUUUCGGAGACCUCAGUCGGCACUGCGGGCGAAAACACUGUCAACACCACUACUCAGAUGAUCGGUACAGCAUCUGUGCAGCCUUACCCGUACAUGUGGGAUACGAGAGACCCUGACCUCGACGAUGCUCUGCACAACCCCGACCCGAUCCGAGAUGCAGCGAUGGAACGCAGUUGCACGCCCUUCUCGGCGCGUGGAUGGAUGAACGCUUCAGCGCUUUUCCUUCUCGUCGGCGCCCUGCUUACAUUGUUUGCGGGAUAUCCUAUCAUCAACUACUAUGCCAAUCCGACGCCACAGACAGACGGAUACAACCUAGGCUUCAUCAAUGGGUCGGGACAGAUACCUGAUAUGCCAAAUAUGGCUGCGCUGAUAGACAAAGACACUCCGAGUUCUGCCAAGUCCUACACAUCGCCUGACGGUGUCACGUAUGACCUUAUAUUCAGCGACGAAUUUGACACGCCGGGGAGGACGUUCUGGCCUGGAGACGAUCCGUUUUGGGAGGCAGUCAAUUUAAACUAUUGGCCGACUGGUGAUAUCGAGUGGUAUGCCCCUGAGCAAAUAACUACGGAGGAUGGGAAAUUGGUCAUUACCAUGGAGGAAGUUGAGAAUCAUAAUCUCAACUUCCGCAGUGGGAUGUUGCAGUCGUGGAACAAAUUUUGUUUUACCACUGGGUAUAUUGAAGUAUCUGUUAGCCUUCCGGGAGCACAUAACGCACCGGGCUUUUGGCCGGCUAUCUGGACUAUGGGAAAUUUGGGUCGCGCUGGAUACGGUUCGACUACAGAAGGAAUGUGGCCUUACUCAUACGACAGCUGCGAUGUCGGCACGUUCCCAAACCAAACCUACCAGAAUCACACUCCCUCAGCUGCGGAAGGCCUCAGUUACCAGCCCGGACAAAGAACAUCGGCAUGUACGUGCCCUGGAGGUGAUCAUCCUGGACCUUCGGUCGACGUUGGUCGUGGAGUACCGGAGAUUGAUAUCUUUGAGGCUCAAAUUGAUCCCGUUGGAUGGAUUGGCGAAGUAUCUCAGAGUAUGCAGGUUGCGCCUUACGACGCCAACUACAUAUUCUUUAACAACAGUCCCGCGACGACGGUUUUCGAUUCGGAUAUCACUGCAAUCAAUACCUAUCAUGGUGGGCAGUAUCAAGAAGCCGUGUCUGCAGUCACGCAGAUCGACAGUGACGUAUACAACAAUACGGCAUAUGCAACAUACGGAUUCGAAUGGUGGUCAGACCCCAGUGAUCGAGCUGAUGGUUUCAUUACAUGGUAUAGCCAAGGGAAGGAGGCAUGGCAAGUUACUUCCGCUUCGUUGGGACCUGAUUCUGUCACCGAGGUUCAGCAAAGACUGAUACCGGAGGAGCCCAUGUAUAUUAUCAUGAAUUUCGGCAUGUCGCCUUCAUUCCAGGAACAAGAUUGGGCCAACCUACAAUUUCCUGCGAAGAUGUAUGUCGAUUAUAUCAGGGUAUAUCAGCGUUCAGACGUCUCAAACGGGGCCACUUGUGAUCCUCCAAACUAUCCGACUGCCGAUUAUAUCGCCAAUCACCUCAAUGCUUACUCGAAUCCUAACCUUACCACGUGGACGCAAGCAGGGUACACGUUCCCAGACAAUCGUCUAUAUAACGGAUGUGGUUGA